AUGGCGGCUGGGGAGCCGCGGCAGGGCAUCUAUCUCCUGCAAAUGAGCAAUGGGAUGAACCUCAUGGAUCCAGGGUUCCAGCAGAAACUGGAGGAUGAGAAGGAAGUAAUUCGUCGAGCUAUCCAGAAGGAACUGAAGAUCAAAGAGGGGGCGGAAAAUCUGCGCAAGGUGACAACAGACAAAAAGAAUCUGGUGCAUGUAGAGCAUGUGCUGAAAUCUUCCAAUCGGAAACUGGAGCAGCUGCACUGGGAUCUCCAGGAGCUUAAUGCCCGGAUUGUAGUAACAGAGAAAGGGGAGAGCAAAACAGAUGGUUCCAUGUCCCCGGACCCUUGUCUCUGGGAAAGGAACCCAAACCCAGUGGCAAGGAGGAUAGAGGCUCUGAAAAAGCAGCUGCACAUUGAGAUGAAAGUGAAACAGGGAGCUGAGAACAUGAUUCAGAUGUAUUCAAAUGCAACGUCAAAGGACCGGAAGCUGCUGGCAACAGCUCAGCAAAUGCUCCAGGACAGCAAGACGAAGAUUGAGCUGAUUCGGAUGCAGAUUGUGAAAGUAUCUCAGUUGGCAGGUGGAAUAGAGGAUGCAAUGGAUCCAGCAGUGAAGAUGGGGGCCACCAUCAGUCUCCUGGAGCUACGCAUCGAGGAACUGCGACAUCACCUAUGCAUUGAAGCUGCCGUGGCUGAGGGGGCAAAAAAUGUGGUGAAGAUCCUGGGAGGCAGGCGGGUGCAGGAUCGCAAAGUGUUGGCUGAAGCUCAGGGUCGUUUGCAAGAAUCAUCUCAGAAGAUUGAUUUGCUGCGCUUCUCCCUGGAGCAGCAGCUUAACGAGCUUUCUUCUGAUCACCCAAAGCGGGCACUCAUCAAGCAGGAGCUAGUGAAUGCUUCCUCUCUGGGAGCUCAGCAUGUCAGCGUCCAGCCCUUCACUUCACUGAUCAAACCCACAGCUCUUACAGGUUCAUUAGAAGUGAGACUGAUGGGGUGUCAGGAUCUGCUGGAAAAAGUUCCAGGACGUUCCCGAGUGUUUGGUUCAUCUCCCAAUCAUGGGAGCCCAAGUGACAUGAAAUCCCUGACCCGAGCACGAGCUGGGAUGAGUAUUCAUGGCCGUAGUACUGCAGCAAAGCACUUGCGGAAUGAGGAGCUAUGUAAUGAGGUGCUCGCUGUGCUCAAAGUGGACAAUAAAGUGGUUGGUCAGACAAACUGGGGCCCAGUUAAUAACCAGGCUUGGGAUCAAAGCUUUGUCAUUGAGCUGGAUCGGUCCCGGGAGCUGGAGAUUGCAGUUUAUUGGCGUGACUGGAGAGAGCUGUGUGCAGUGAAGUUCUUGCGCUUGGAUGACUUUCUUGAUAAUGAACGCCAUGGGAUGUGCCUCUCUCUUGAACCCCAAGGGAUGCUUUUUGCAGAGGUGACCUUCUGUAACCCUGUGAUUGAGAGACGGUCUAAUCUGCAGCGCCAGAAACGUAUUUUCCCCAAACAGAAAGGAAAGGAGUUUCUCCGAGCUUCUCAGAUGAACAUAAACAUUGCUACCUGGGGUCGUCUAAUGAUGAGCAUCCUCCCUCCAUGUAGUUCUAUGAGCACGCUAAGCCCCCCACUUCGUACUCCCAUUCGUACAGACUUUACUUCUCCAUCACGGCUGCAAACUCAAACUGAUUCAAUGUCCAUGUUGGGCAGUGACUAUCCAGUGGUUAAACUGAUAUUUGGCGAGGAACCUCCCCCUAAGCCUCCACGCCUUUUUUUGACAGCAGAUUCCAAAGAGGUUGCUCCAUCUCCUGCAGACUCUCCGUGUCUGAAGAGGCUACAUGUGGAAGAGAGGACUCGCAGCUCUGCUGUAACAGAAACACCAAAUUGGGCUUCUCAGAGGAAGAGGGCUGUUCAGCUUCAGGAUUUUCACUGCAUCGCCAUGCUGGGACGAGGGCACUUUGGGAAGGUGCUGCUAGGUCAAUACAAGGCAACAGGGAAGUUGUACGCUAUCAAAGCCCUAAAGAAACAAGACAUCAUUAGCAGAGAUGAGAUUGAUAGCUUGAACUGUGAGAAGCGAAUCUUUGAAGUGAUCAACUCCUUCAGCCACCCGUUCCUGGUGAAUAUGUUUGCAUGUUUCCAGACGCCAGAUCAUGCAUGUUUUGUGAUGGAAUACACCCCUGGUGGUGAUCUCAUGAUGCACAUUCACUCUGAUGUCUUUCCAGAACAUGUGACGCAGUUUUACACAGCCUGCGUAGUGCUUGGACUCCAGUUCUUACAUGAGAAGAAAAUUAUUUACAGGGACCUGAAGUUGGAUAACUUGCUCUUAGAUGCUGAGGGCUUUGUGAAGAUUGCAGAUUUUGGGCUGUGUAAGGAAGGGAUGGGUUUUGGGGACCGCACUAACACUUUUUGUGGCACCCCUGAAUUUCUGGCUCCGGAAGUCCUGACAGACACCUCAUACACGCGGGUAGUGGACUGGUGGGGGCUUGGUGUGCUCAUUUUCGAGAUGCUUGUUGGUGAGUCUCCAUUCCCUGGAGAUAAUGAAGAGGAGGUCUUUGACAGCAUUGUCAAUGAAGAGGUCCGCUAUCCGCGAUUCCUUUCUUCUGAGGCACUUCCUAUCCUCCGCAAGCUUCUCCAGAAAUGUCCAGAACGUCGCCUUGGGGCAGGAGAGAGGGACGCAGAGGAGAUUAAAAACCAGCCCUUUUUCAAGGAGAUUGACUGGGAUGCCCUGUUUGCCAGAGCACUGAAGCCCCCUUUUGUGCCUUUCUUAAGAGCUCCCACUGACAUUAGCAACUUUGACGAAGAGUUUACCUCCCAGAAGCCAAUCCUGACUCCUCCAGAUGAGCUCCCUGUCCUGACCCCUGAGGAACAGGCUGCCUUUAAGGACUUUGACUUUGUCUCCAGACACCUUCUGGAAGUCUGA